AUGUGGCCACUCAAAUCCUCGGACAAAGAGGUCAACGAGACCAAGAUAGAACAAUCCUCCGAUACUAAAGAUGAUUUGGAAAGCGCCCACAUCGAGAAGAUUGAUGCCAGUAUCGACACGAUUGCUACCAGUAUUGACAACUUACCUGUCAGCUGGUUCGUCUGGCUCGCAGCAACGACAGCUUCAAUGGCGGGUCUCCUUUUCGGGUACGACACGGGCAUCAUUUCCGGCGUGCUGGUGGUUCUGGGCAACUCCCUCGACGGCAGACCUGCUACAAGCAGUGAGAAAGAAAUGAUUACCUCAUUAUGUUCGGGUGGUGCUUUCAUCGGAGCCAUCUUUGCCGGUAACACGGCAGACAGAUUCGGUCGCAAAAUGGCCAUUUAUCUCGGUUGUGUUCUCUUCGUCGCCGGUGCAGUCAUCCAAGCGGCCGCCUAUACCAUUGCUCAGAUGGCUGUCGGCCGUCUGGUCAUUGGAUUCGGUGUUGGCUGCGGUGCCAUGGUCUUGCCGCUAUACGUCGCCGAGAUCGCUCCAGCCAAAGCCCGUGGAAAGCUCAUCGGAUUAAACAACAUGUCCAUCACUGGAGGCCAGGUUAUCUCCUAUGCUAUUGGAGCGGCCUUUUCCAGCGUCCCCCAUGGAUGGCGAUACAUGGUCGGUCUGGGUGCGGUGCCGGCCCUAGUUCUCGGCGCACUCAUGCCCUUCUGCCCCGAGUCUCCGCGUCACUUGGCCUACAAUGGUCGCAACGACGAGGCCAGAGUGGUCCUUCGCAAAAUCUACUCCGAGGCCACCGAGGAGCAAAUCGACGCAGUCCUUCUUUCCAUCGUUACCGCAUGCGACCAGGCCCGUGAAAUCGAUGAGAGCGGGUCUCGAUUCUCCAAGAUUAAGCAGCUUCACACCGUUCCGAGCAAUCUUCGUGCGCUAAUCAGUGCUUGCGGACUGAUGGUUAUCUCUCAGCUGUCUGGUUUCAAUGCCCUGAUGUACUACUCGGCAACUCUUUUCUCCCUGGUCGGCUUCGACAACCCCACCGCGGUCGGUCUCGUGGUCGCAGGAACCAACUUCAUCAUGACAUUCGUCAACAUGAUGAUGGUCGAUGGCAUGGGUCGCAGAAAACUUCUCCUCUCUACCGUGUGGGGAAUGUCUGUGGGAAUGAUCGCUGUCGCAGUUGCUUUCCGCUGGAUCCCCAUCGACAUGGAAACGAUGGAAGUAGCCACAUCAGGAAUCCCUCCUGCAGCAAUUGCCGUCUUAGUUUUCAUUAUCUGGUUUGUUGUAUUCUACGGUGUCUCCGUUGGCAACACCGCAUGGAUGAGCACCGACUUCUUCCCUCUUGAGGUGCGUGCCAUGGGAACCAUGUGGCUCACCUGCUCCAACUGGGGCGCCAACGUCAUCAUCUCUAGCACCUUCCUUUCCAUGAUGAAGGCCUGGACUCCAUCCGGUGCAUUCGGCUUCUUCGCUGCUAUCUGCGGUUUUGGAUAUAUCUGGCUUUACUUCUUUUACCCUGAGGUCUCUGGUCUUGUGCUGGAAGAAGUGAAGGAGGUCUUCGAGCACGGAUUCGGUGUCAGCUAUGCCAGACAGCUUCGCAAGGAGCGCAAAGAUAUCAUCGAAGAGCGGAUGAAGACCCAGGAAAAGCCGAUUGCUGCUGGGCACUAG